UAUCAACAAAGCUCCAAAAUAGAAGCUUCGGCAUAAUCAUGGUAAUGAAUUAUGUGCCAGUGCUCAGUGCAGUGGUAGUUGGUUCGGAGUUGCAAUGAUCAGAAACUGUUUGGAAGUUUUGAACGAGAAUUUACUUCAGUGACUUGUGUAGCGUUUAUAGUAUUUUAUACAUCCGUAAUUCCAAGCAACUAAUACUUGACAAUGCAGGGUGCCUUUAUAUCAUAGAGUUAUGUUGAAACCAGGAGGAGCUGUGAUCUUUGGUGGAUCACGAGGAAUCGGUCGCGCAAUUGCAUUCAAUCUUGCUGAAAAAGGAUAUACAGUUGCUGUUGUUUCAAGAAAUGGAGAUCAGUGCUUAGCUGCGGCUGCGGAACUUCCCAAAGCUGGAACCCAUAUUGGCUUGGCCUGUGACCUAAGCAAACCUGAUGAAAUCCAGGCAUCUUGUGCUGAUAUUGAGAAACGCCUGGACCAACCCAUUCAUGUGCUUGUGAACUCGGCCGGAGUGGUACGGGAUGGUGUUACGCCUCGCAUACAACUACCCGACAUACAUGCCCAAGUUAAUACCAACUUGAUUGGCCCAAUGAUCACAUGCAAGCACUUCUCUACUGUGAUGAUGAAGCAGCGCUACGGUUGUAUCAUAAACAUUGGCAGCGUCAUUGGUUCGAUGGGAAACAGUGGCCAGAGUGUAUACAGUGCAAGCAAAGCAGGACUGGUUGGCUUCACAAAGAGUGUAGCUAAGGAGUUGGUACGUUACGGUAUCCGUGCCAAUCUCAUCGAGCCAGGAUUUAUCCACACCGAUAUGACGCAAGGUCUUAGUGAGCAGCAGAAAGAGAGGAUCCAGGCGGGCAUACCACUGAAUCGAUUUGGACUCAGCCAGGAAGUUGCCGAUGCUGCUCUGUUCCUAGUAGAAAGCUCUUACACAACUGGUCAGGUUUUUAAGGUUGACGGUGGACUUUCUCUGCAGUUCUGAGGUGGGUACGUUGUAGGUGAUUUGCAAGUAUGGAGUGUCUCUAACUUGAGCAUAUGUGAGUAGGGGGGUGAGUAUGCGAGAAAGGACUACCGGAACUGUUAGUAUGCUUUUUAAAAAGAGAGUUCAGACGAUCAGCCUCCCACUAUCCUAGGACGAGGAGUGUCAGCGGCCCAUGUCUAUUUCCCUGAACUGGAUACGCACAUGUACAUACCGCAUUUUCUCUAAUAAUAGCACGCGUCUUAUUUCUUGAGCCACCCUCCGAACCGUGCCUUCAUUGGAGACGUGCCUUCAUUGGAGACUGUGCUUUUAUAAUUUCAAGCCCACUUUGCCGUGUUUCUGUUUGCUUUUUGAGUGAUCCUUUUCUUCAUAUUUUCAAGAAGUACAUGUACCAGUAUCCGUACCGGAAAUUUAGGACACAAAAAACCCGUAGUGGGAGAAUGUGGCCUUUUAUUUUUUCGAUGCAUGCGCGCAGUGUGCCUUUAUUGGAGAAAAUACGGUAUCUGUGACUAGGGCAUCUGGAAUGCUCAGUUUUUAGGCAAGUUACUAGAAUCACACACUUCUGUGUUAGCGUUUUAAGCAAUUCCUGUGUUGAGUUUCUUUUUCGUUUGUAGCAUAUUAUGUGUUUAUAAAGCAGUGACUUGAACAGGUACAGUCGAGACAGGUACAGCUGAACCUGUUGAUGUAAUUAUAAUCUUGGUUGAUAAUACGGGUUGUGAA